GUUUUAUGGAAAGCGUGCGUAAUGAUCUUGAGCAGUGUCAUGUCUUGAAUCACAGCACCGUAGCCUCUCAGGUUUCUCUUUCUAAUUUCAACAACUCAGUGCUACGUCUCUAACUACUAAGUUAGGUUAGGUUGUAGUUUAUCAACUUUGAAUUUUUGAUUUUGCGAAUAAACCGAACGAUAUGUGGCGAUCAAGUCACAACGACAAUAUAGAUCGGCGGGACACGCACAAAAGCAGCAGACGUGAGAGUAACAAUGAUUCUCACAGAUCUCAAAGAGACAGAGAUAGAAAUCACAGAACCAGCAGACGCGAUCACUCUAGGAAAGAUGACGACAGGAGAAAACAUGAGAGAUCGCCGUUCAGGAAAGAUAACGGACGCUCCAGGCAUAAGGAACACAACGAUCGGAGCAGGAGCAGAGACAGAAAUGACUCUGGGAGAAGACGCGAUGAUAAGCAGAAGAGAAGCUCAGAAGAAGUUAGGGAGAAGAAGGAAACUUCUCCUGAAUGGGGGAAACCAAAUAUAAAAAACGAGUCUAAAUCAAAACCCCAAGAGAAAGAAAAACCUAAUUUCGAAUUGUCAGGAAAAUUGACAGAAGAAGUCAACACUUUCAAUGGUGUAGUCAUAAAGUACUCGGAGCCACAAGAUGCUAGGAAACCAAAACGCAGGUGGAGGCUGUACACUUUUAAAGGAGAGAAAGAAUUGCCCACAUUAUAUAUCCAUCGGCAGUCGGCGUAUCUUAUGGGGAGAGAUCGUAAAGUGGCUGAUAUACCUUUGGAUCACCCAUCAUGUUCUAAGCAGCAUGCUGCACUGCAAUAUCGUUUAGUCUCUUAUCAAAAAGAAGGUGGUCUUGAAAGUAGAAGAAUACGGCCAUACCUCAUUGACUUGGAAUCAGCAAAUGGCACAUUUGUAAAUAAUGUGAAAUUAGAACCCAGGAGGUAUCAUGAAUUAUUAGAACGAGAUGUGAUACGCUUUGGCUUUAGUUCAAGAGAAUAUGUUCUUUUGCAUGAACAAAGUAAAGACGAUGACUUAGAUGAUGAUGUACCUCUCACUGCUGUUUAGAAUCUUUAAUGGAGAAAGUUCUUCAGUAUUGAGGAGGAUCUGUACAUAGACUGACUAAAAAAAACCAAAUUAAUUCAUCCAGAACCCAGUGGACAACAUAUCUUCUUCCACAGCCCAUGGUUUACAUGAAGAGACCUGAUAUAUAAAUCAACAGAGGAUUUCUUAGAAUUCACCAUUGUAGAUCCUUGGAAGCCCUUGAAGAAGAGUUAUAUCCUAUAAUUGUUAUACACAUUGAUGUCAUAUAUUGAUUAUACACAUUGAUGUUAUAUAUACAGAAACUCUUCUUCCUUCAGAUUUUAUAAAACAGCAAUUUUUCUUGAAAGUAUUUUAAAAGUUUACUAGUCACCUUUGACUAUUUUCAUGCUGUACUCUUCUGCAAUACUAUUUUAGUACUUAGAUCUGCCUUAUUUUCAAAAUAAUUUAAUAUAACUUGUAUAUAAAUAUUCAAGAAAAUAUAAAGCCCUCUUAUAUAAGCUGAGAAUUUUGUAGUUUUAAAAACUGCUCCACCGUAUAUUUGUAAUAAAAUAGAGAGUUAUAUUUGAUGGUAGGAUGUUUUAGGGAGAAUAUGAUGCCAAUCAGACAAUAGGAAUUGGAGUAUCAACUUAGUUUAUUUGUCAUUGUAUUGGACACAAUUAAACAAACAUAGAAAAUACAA